UCGCUUGGAUUUUGCUCAAUCUACUUUUACUUUUAUUAUUAUUAUCACAACAGAUCAAACAACAAUUUAACAGAGUUAACAACACCAACUACAGUUAACAGCAAUCAGUCAAUCCUAUAGCCUAUCAACAAUUUAACUGUGAUCUAUUUAAACAUCAUCAUCAUCAACAUUUAUCUUCAUCUUGGAAAAAAAAAUUUUCCAAUUCAUUUUUAUCCUCAUCAAUUUCUGAUCAAUAUUUUUUCCUUCCUUUUCUUGACUUAAUAAUUUGUUCACAAUCAAUGGUUAUCAUCUUAAUUACAAUUAAUCCCCUAUCAAGAUAAUUGUUUUCAUCUGAUCAAAUAUAUGUUAAUGAAAAUCUUUCCUUUGGGAUGAUUAUGAGGAUUCUCAAGAAAUCCCAAUUAAAAAGGAUUCCCUGUUGAAACCUAUGGAAAAACGAGAUCGACUUCUUGACAUACCUUGUCGUGUUUGCGGUGAUCGCAGUUCAGGUAAACAUUACGGAAUCUAUUCAUGUGACGGUUGUUCAGGUUUCUUUAAACGUAGUAUCCAUCGUAAUCGGGUUUACACUUGCAAAGCCCAAGGCGAAGCUCAUUCAAAGUGUCCCAUUGAUAAAACUCAUCGAAAUCAAUGUCGAGCUUGUCGAUUGAAAAAAUGUUUCGAAGCUCAAAUGAACAAAGAUGCGGUUCAACAUGAACGAGGUCCUCGAAAACCUAAAUUAAAGGAAACUUCAUCAAUCUCAUCAACACCUUCAUCAUUAGAUAGUCAUCAAAGUCUUCAUCAUCACAUUUCUCAUCAUCAUCAUCAUCAUCAUCUUCAUCAUCAUUCCCGAUCAUCACCAACCUCUUCAACCUCCUCAUCAACAACCUCAGGGGUGACCGGAGGUCCAGUGGGCAGUAAUAAUAAUAAUAGUAAUGCAACUACACCUAAUUCAGUGACAACAAUUAGUAAACCAUUUCCAAUUAAAUUAGAGGGACAUCGGACAUUUUUAACUAAAUUACACCAACAACAUAUUCAGAAUCAACUUAAUCAUCACAAUAAUCAUCAUCCUCAUCAUCAUUCACAUCACCAACAGCAACAUAACUUUCAACAACUUCAACUACAUCGGGAACAUCAUCAAUCACCCCACCAUCAACAUCAUCAUCAACCACAAUUAUCACCACCCAUUCAUAUAACUUCAUUACCCUCUUCGGGUUUAUCAUCAUCAUCAUCCUCAUCUUCAUCAACCUCCUCCAAUCAUAAUCAUAACCAUCAUCACCUUUCCCAUUCAAUUGUAUCAUCUCAGCAUUUAUCACUUCCUCCUCCUCCACCUCCACCUCUUGUUUCAUUGACCACAAACGGUUCAACUUCAAUUGAAAUGACCGAUGCAACUUGUAACGGAAUCGGCGGAAAUGGUAACAAUAAUAGCGGCGGUGGUUCAUCCUCUUUGUUUACUCUAAACACCAACAAUGGGACGACAAGUAACUCAGUUAAAUCCUCGGUGGUUGAUGUUAGUUUGACCAAUUCUCCCUCUUCAAUUUCAACCCCAACCUCAACCUCGUUCAUCGAUGAGGCCGCCGCUCAUCCCGGUUUGCUUCAAAUGCUUCUUAAUGCUGAAAAAUCCCAAGAAGUCAUUUGGUCCAAUUUACGCUAUUCAACGGCCGCUGCAGCAGCAGCAGCAGCGGCGGCAACUGCAUCCUCAGGCCAUCCACUAAGUCGACCUGCUUUCCCGUAUCUUGGUUCUAAUAGUUUAGGUCGCAUCUUCGACGAGUCCGGUCUACCCAAUCCUGCGUCUUUUAACCUUUUUCCCACCUUCUUCUCACCUUCAUGUCCACUCCUCACUUCCACUCCGAUUCCCUUAACGGGCUCAUCAAGUGAUCUGCUAACAGCGACCACAACAACCUCAUCCACUUCAACACCAAACACGGACAAUAGUGACCACCAUCUAGUGAACAAAUCUCGUGAUCACAACAACAACACCUCCAAUAGCAACACCGUACCCAGGCCAAUACCUAUUGCACAAUUAUCGGCGCCAUUGGCACAUUUAACCUCGAAACCUUUUAUCGGCCAUUGGGACUCAGUUCAAGAAAUCACAGCUCGAUUGUUAUUCAUGGUCAUCCGAUGGAUUAAAAGUUUACCAACAUUUCGAACAUUAUCAAAAACUGACCAAUUGACUUUAUUGGAAGACUCUUGGAAAGAUCUGUUCCUCCUGAAUAUGGCUCAAUGGUCAGUCACCUUUGAUGUGGUCUCACCCACCACCCCCGGUGGGCCAAGUUACGUUAAUCGUGCAAUAAUACAAAGUAAAGCGGCUGAAAAUCCCGAGAUGACCAUCGAUGUGCAAUAUAUUCAGGAGAUAAUGAGACGAUUCCGACAAUUGUCACCCGAUGGAACUGAAUGUAGCUGCUUAAAAGCCGUGGUUCUUUUUAGACCAGAGUCACUUCGUCUUUGUGAUGUUCAUCCCGUUGAAAUGCAACAAGAUCAAGCUCAAUGUGUACUAAGUGAUUAUGUCCGACAUAAGUACCAACGGCAGCCCACUCGCUUCGGUCGCUUAUUGUUAAUACUUCCUUGUCUUCGGACAAUUUCAUCAACUACGGUGGAAAAACUUUUCUUUCGUGAAACAAUUGGCGAGAUUCCCAUUGAAAAGAUUCUCGUUGAUAUGUAUCACAUGGAGAAAGGUGAAGGUUAAUUAAGGUUAAUUAUCAUUCAAUUAACUUGAAAAUUCAUAACUCGAACAAUCUUAGUUAAUGUAUUGAAAAACUUAAUCAUCAUCAAAAUAAAUUGACCUGUUUUUUUUUUCAUAAA